AUGGAUGCGUCUCGCCAAAUUGGGGAUGGCGGCCUGUUGCCAGUGACGCCUACCGACAUCUCGGAAAUAUCACCAGCGGCCUUACGGUUACCCGACUUUGAGGGCAGGGCAGUAAUACGGAUUUUCUCUAACUCCACAAGGUCUCAAAUAGCAUGUUAUGCUUCAACGUUGACAAAUGGUGUUACAAUGUCGCAUCCGCAAGCAGUGGGGUCACUGCUGGUCCUGUUGAUAGCCAUCACAUUCAUUCUCAGUCUUGCAACAAUCAUCUAUGGCGAAGACGUUGCAACUAUGCAACUCCACUAUUCCCACUCCUCGUCUUUACUCCUUGCUUUUACGGUUCUCCACCACAUUUAUUUCACUGGAGCCAUUUCUGCUAAUUGGCCUCGAGUGUUGGUGGAGUUUUGGUCAAAUUUCGCGCCCUUCGCCGGGAUGAUUUACUCCAGGUCAAUGCAAGGCUCAAUAGAUAGACUUGUUGGAGGGGAUAAAGGAGAUAUCCGUAUUCUUGGAGCAAACCCUGUUGGUAGCGUUUCCUCCAACCUCGGGGGGUAUAAUAUCACAAGUAUAUACAACACAUCGCUAUCUGACAGGAAUGCUGGUCUGUUUAAUACGGGGCCAAAGUUCUCCAUGGAGGAACUGGAUUAUCGUGUUUCUACCAGCUCGACAUCCUCGUCGUCGGCUUUCCAGUGGCAAGGCCAGCUUGUCAAUGAUGGGUUUCCGAUACCAGGGAAUUAUUCUGGCUUUGCAGGGACUCUCGCCAUGCAGAAAAUCUCAGUUGUGAAUGCUUUCACUACUGGAGUGCUUUGGUUCCUGGUUCUAUUGCUCGCCCUAACCGUUGUGAUACCUUUAGUCAAACUCAUGAUUGAAUUGCUCAUCAGUUGGAAAGUCAUUAAGGGGAGACACGCGCAAAACUUGGCAUACUUUCGAAUACACUGGCCUGAGUUUGUUCUGGCUAUGCUACUGCGGUCUUUAUUUAUUGGGUUUGGGAUGCUCAUGUUCCUGGCCCUGUUCCAAUUUGGCUUUGGGGGCGCUUCUUCUGUCAAAGCAUUGGCAGCAAUCACAUUCCUUAUAUUCCUUGUUGGAUCUGUUUCAAUUAUGGGAUAUGCUAUAUCUUACCGCAAUACUCAUUUUACGCCUAUACUAGAGCGAAGGCCCCUUGUUUUUGAAAGGAGGAAGCUGUUAAACGUCGUCCCCUGGUUCAUACUUACAAGAAAGGGCGGCGUGGCAUCGAAAGAGUCCCCCACAACGGACAUAAAAAUCUAUCCGUGGUGGAAAUCUUGCACCCAUGAUCCUGCUUCAAAUGAAUCAAAGUUUCUCUUACGAUUUGGCUGGCUGCUAGCCCGUUUCAAAGACGAUAGAUGGCACUUUUGUGCGGUAUGGUUGGUACACGAGUUUCUUCGCGCAUGCUUCCUGGGGGGAGCAGUCGCAAACCCCAUCUCUCAGACCGUUGGAUUGUUAAUCCUUGAAAUUAUGUUCAUGAUUUGCAUUAUAGUCAUGGACCCUUUUGAAGCUAAACGGUUGAGCAUUGUGCUAUACACACUAUCAUUCAGCAACAUCUCAUCAGCCCUGUUGUCCAUACCUUUAUUAACCCAACAUAAUCUGAAUAGGAUGGCCGCUUUUGCUUUUGGGAUAGCGAUAGCCAUCAUUCAGGGCCUCCUUGUUGUCUUCCUGGUGGUUUCGAUGCUGAGCAGUAUCGUAACUAGUUGUAUCUCCCUCACCAGACGCCGAAAAAUCUCAGCCGACCAAUUUGCCUCUCACCCAAUACAGAUGAGAUACUUGGAGCAUAUCAAUAGAGGAGCAGGCUAUCACACUGAGGCAUUCUAUUGCACUCCCGACCUAGUGUCACCAACCCGAAGACAGGCAAGUUUCAAAGUGCACUCUGUUCGGAGAUGCCCAAAAAUUAUAGAUGAGAGCCCAACGCCUUAUCACCAAAUUCCCUCUACACCCACAUCAUCCCUACGAGUCUCUCACCCAAUAUAUGCACCUACGCUUCCUCUGGAUCCGUUUACGUCUCCCACUAUCACAGAGGCUGACUCUUCUGAUCCAUUUACUACCACGGAUUCGGGCCGUAAGGCUGUAUCCAGCAUUUAG